CAUGCACACUCACGUUUCAAUAGUCAGAAAUUAGAAGCGGCUGUGGGGAAAACAUGUCUCCCUCAUUUUAGCAAAAUAUUGUGCAUUUUAGUAGCAAAAUAUUAUAUAUAAAUGCUGGAAUUCAUGGCGUCUUUAAAAGUAUACUUGCUGUGUUUCAUGAGGAGAAUCAAUGUGUACAACAGUCUACGUUGAAUUUAAAUAUUAAAAUACACUUUGAACAAAUUGACAAUGCACGCAUUUCCCACGCAUAGUCUUAAAGUAUCCUCGCCAAACACUCUAGCUGCUUCGCACUCAAGAGAACAGAUCUGAGUGACGUAGUAUCGAUUUUUCAAUCACAAUGAAAGAGUUGUCGUUGCGUGCAUCGACGUAUACAUGUCUUUAGGUCGUGUGAAUCAACGAGCAAAGCUGCCACGUUUGAAAGCAGUGUUGCUAGAACAAGUCUUCUGUGCACUGUCCAGGAUACUUCCCCAUUUGAUGAUGAAUGGACACAUAUCUAAAAUCAUUAUGAAAAUAUCGAUGGCAGCUUUCCUGUUACUUCUUGAAUGUCACAUGGUAAUUUGUCAAGAGGACGCACUUGAAGAGUGUAAAACAACCUUCAAUCUGGCAAAAGUAAAUGACAGUUUUUCUGAUGAAGACAUAUUCUCUGUAGUUAACAACUCAGAGCUGCCGGACUGUGUCAGUAGAUGUUACCGACACACCCGUUGUGUCGGGGUGAGGUUUGCCCCCAGCACCGGCCAGUGUCACAUGUACGCAGCCUACCAGACACAGUCCACAGGGACGGGAACAAGUGGGGACAAAUACUACAUCAUGAAACCAAAAUGUGGCUCUCCUAACUCGACCAAACCGUAUGUGUAUCGCAGACAAGACAUCAUUACCACAACAUACUUAUGCGACGAUGGAAAGGCGUUCCUGGGAACCAAUGACACACUUCUGUGUGUCUAUCCAUCCUAUGUCUGGACAACGGAAUCAGGAACGUGUAUUGGCGAAGCAGCACCCAUACGCUUCGAUGGCAGUUACCUACACCCUCUGAACUCCAGUUUUUCAUUUACCGGAACACCAACAGGAAGCGGGUUUGAAGUUGUCUUCGUAACACCAAGUUCGGACUACCCGCUGAAGAUAUAUGUAAAUAUUCCCCAGCAGUCGGUCUUCAGACAAAUCUACAACGCCUCCAUCUGGUACCCUGGUGAGGGCGACUUGGAUUCCCCUUUCCCCUUUGAUUUGGGCAGCAAGUUCACGAUGGAGAUUAUUUCAACUGCUUUAGAAUUCCAGUGCAAGGUGAAUGGAGAGAUGCUGUUUACCUUCCUACAUCGGUUACCGAGAGACAGCGUGCAGUCAAUAAAGUUUUUUAGUUCUGUCAUUGGUGAAAGGAUUUUAUUGAAGCCAAACAUUCAGAACUAAUACCGCGUUCGUGUGAUAUUUAACAUUCGUACACAAACUUGACAUACUGAAUGAUAAGGUUGACUUACGUUCUAGCUUCACAUUGAAAUGUCUUGUGGAUAUCACUUGAUUAAUUCAUAUGAAUGAAGACAUAUUUUCAAAAAAGGCUUAUAAUAUGUUUUUGUAUUUAGAUAACCGUGGACGCCAUACAUGGGCUUCUAACAUUCGUUUACUUCUGUUUUCUCAUGGCUUUGGUUUUGUAUGGAUAUCGCAAACAGUUGGGACCUUUUUAAGGAUACUUGUAUAAACAUGUUUUACCAAAACUGGAGAUCAGUCUUAAACUCUAGUACAAGAUAUCAUUUAUAUGCAUUUUAAAAGUCUUUUAGAACCUGAAAAAUAUCUUUCAGUUUUGUAUGAAAGAAAAUUUAGAAACAUAAUCGUAAGAUUUAGAGCAGGUCUUUUAAAAUUAAAAAAUAAUGAAGGCAGAUAUCUGUCGAUAGAAAAGUCUUUUCGAAUAUGUCCAGUCUGUAAUUAUGGUAUAGAGGAUGAAUUUCAUUUUUUAUUCAUUUGUUCAUGUUAUAAUGAUCUCAGAAAAGAGUACUUACCGGCAAAACUUUGCCGAUAUCCUAGCUUGAACCAUUUCAAAUCUUUAAAGUGUAAUAACAAUGAAGCAGUCUUAAACAGUUUAUCACGUUUCCUAUAAUACGCUUAUGCAAAAAGAACAAGUAGUACAAUUCAAUUAUGACGUAAGUCAUGUUUCACGUUACUUUACCGUUGCAUCUGUGAACAAUUGGUAUAUUGUGAACUGUAAAUGUAUACGGGCCCGAGGCCGUAAUGCAAAUAAAAGUUCUUCUUCUUCUUCUUGAUGUCAUUGAGGUAUAUCCACAAAAGUCAAUUGUUUGAUGGUGACAAGUCGGUAAGACAGUCAGGGUCUAUGACCUUUGUAAAAUGGACAAACAUGUUACCUAUUACCUGUUGUUG